CCUUCGUCACAUUCAUCAAAGCUCUGUAGUGGCAGACUUUUAAAUCCACCUCUUCGUUAUUCAUCUUAUGUAAAUCUUUUUGUAGUCGCCAAACUAGUUCCAAAGCGGAUAAAAAUGACCCUCACGUCGAAGGCUCCAUGUUUUAAAUCCAAGUUUAUUACCGCUGUGCUGGCUCAACUGUUCAGCCAGUCAGACUCUGAGGAAGAGUUUGAGGGCUUCAGCGAUGAAGGAGAACAAGAGGAGGACCAAGGAUGUUUUAACAAGCAGCUGAAAACCAAGACAGCGGCGUCGGAGCAGGGGAGCGACGUGGACACGGGCUUCUACUCUGAUACUGAGGAGGCCCCUUCACCCAAGAGGAGGAGUCUCUUAGUUGCUCUUAGAUUUCCAGUCAAAAGAAAUUCUUCCCCCAAGCAAGGGGCGCGUGAGAAAAAUGACAAAAAGUUAGCCAGUGGCAAUCGUGCACGGAGAACCAGAGGAAGGUGUUUGACACAGAACCAGGAUGAAGAUGAGAAAGAGGAGGAGGAGGAGGAAAAGGAGGAGAAAGAGGAGGUUUUGUCCCACACCCUGAGAAAACGAGACAAGAACAUCCAGGAAAACAAAGCCAUGCUGGCUAAACUGUUUGCGGAUCUGAGCACCAUGGCCGACCCGAGUCCACCUACCACUCCUCAGAAAAAACAGAGGAAAACGCCUCAGAAACGGAAGUUUGAAGCAGACACUGGGUCAGAAAGAAGAAACCCGUCCCGUAAGGCCCGUCCUCCUGAGAAAUUUGCUGUGGAGGAGAGCGAGCCCGUGAAACACACCAGGGCCAGAUCUGUGGACGUCCGGAGGCUGGUGGAGGUGGAUGAGAAUCAUGCUGGUGAGAAGAAAAAGAGGAAGAGCUACACCUACAGGAGGAGUCAAUAUGUGGUGAGGUCUGUGGACGAGAUCACAGAAGAGGACCUGGAAAAUAUAGCCUACCGCAGCAAAGACAAAAUCUGGGACAAAGAAAACGGCAGCUCAUGCCACCAGUGCAGACAGAAGACUCUGGACACCAAAACGGUGUGUCGCAGUGGUGUUUGUGUGGGAGUCAAAGGUCAGUUCUGUGGCCCGUGUCUGAAGAAUCGCUACGGAGAAGACGUGCGCACUGUGCUGCUCGACCCAAUGUGGUCAUGUCCAAUCUGCCGGGACAUGUGUAACUGCAGUCUGUGUCGCAAGAAGGAGGGCCGCUGUGCCACCGGUAUCCUGGUGGGUUUAGCCCGCUAUAAUGGCCACAACAACGUCCACCACUAUUUGGAGAGUAUCCAGAAGGAGCUAGACUGAAGUCCAGAGCUCAACGUCCGAUACCUGCAGGGGUUCUGGUGCUGCACAUUCAGCGUGAUACUGCAAUCGUUCUAAUACACAUCUUUAGGAUUUAAGAUAGAGCGACCUUUUAUUGGACUUUUGUUUUCUUUUAAAGUCCCUACACGUAAUGCACAUAUUCUGUUAAUGUUUUGUAUUUACUGAUUCGAUGCUGUAUAAGAGUUAGAUACAUUUAUGUUGUUUUUUAAAACAGUGCUCAGUUUUGAGCUGUACAGUUUGUUUAAUUUCUGCUAUAGUUAUAUAAUUGAGUCUUUUAUACAAACUACUUGUCUUAAAUGGAAAAAUGUUGAUCCUUCGUUAUUCACUGUCAAUUUGAAUAAAUGGCAUAAGCAAUUGUUUUUUUCUUUUCCUGAUAGCUUUUGCGAAGGUCAGAUUGUUUGUUGAUCAUAAGGUUGUGUUUCAGUUUAUUCUAUUAAAAUAGGGGCACACUCUUGACUUGGUCAUAACAAACUCUGCCCCUCUUACCAAUCUGCAGGUAAACAACCUAGGUAAGUCUGAUCAUAAUGCCAUUUUCAUGGAGCUACCAUCCUCACCUUGCCUCACUAAGCCUAGACGGCAAAUCUGCUUCAGACAUGUAAAUCGACACAGAAAUCUUGACAGCAGAUCUGAAGCAUCUUUCCACCAACUACAGGCCCAUCUCAAAUCUCCCAUUAAUUUCCAAAGUAAUGGAGAAAGCUGUUGCUGGGCAUCUUCAGGAACACCUCAAACAAAAAAAAUUCCAAUCUGGUUUCCGCUCUGCUCACAGCACGGAAACAGCCUUGGUGAGAGUCACAAACGACCUUCUGUUCACAGCUGAUGCUGGCUCCCCCUCUUCUCAUUCUCCUGGACCUAUCUGCAGCAUUUGACACAGUUGACCAUGACAUACUCCUAAACCGGCUUCAUCACACCAGUGGUCUCUCCGACACAGCCCUCAACUGGUUCAAGUCAUACCUUACAAAUUGAAAA